ACAUGUUUAAUUGUCACAUGACCACAAGCUCUAAAUUCUAUUAUCCAAUAUUUCAGCACACACACAUACCAUCUUCACAGUGAAGCUUUAAACCACUGUCAGGUAUGGCAGUUUCUUCAUGCUCUUUGAGCUGGACUUCACCCUGUGUAUCCCAUAAGUUAAAUUUGCCACAUUCAAAUCAUUUGCCUCGCAUUACAUCAACUUCACAUUCCAACAAUGUUUCUUGUGCAACUGAAACCACUUCCAGUGAAGAAAGCCACUCCCAGAGAAGAUUGCUAUUGUUGGGUAUUGGAGCAAUAACAGCAAAUUUACAACCAACAAGAUUGCUCUUUGCUGAAGAAAUACCAGAUAGAUACCGAGCUUUUGUGGACUAUUCAGAUGGGUAUUCUUAUGUAUAUCCCUCAGAUUGGAAGGAAUUUGACUUCAGGGCACAUGAUUCUGCAUUCAAAGACAGAUAUCUGCAGUUACAAAAUGUAAGGGUGAGAUUUUUACCAACUGAGAAGAAAGACAUCAGAGAUAUGGGUCCAAUAGAAGAGGUUGUUCCCAAUUUGGUGAAACAUAAAUAUUCAACGCCAACCCAAAUCUCAACAAUAUAUGACAUGCAGGAGAAAAAUAUAGAUGGAAAACAUUACUAUACAUUUGAAUAUGUACUUACAUCACCAAAUUUCUCUAGUGCCUCCUUUACAACAGUUGCUAUAGGAAAUGGAAGGUACUACACAUUAAUUGUGGGAGCCAAUGAAAGGAGAUGGAAAAGAGUACGAAAUCAGCUUAAAGUGGUAGCAGACUCCUUUAGGCUCCUUGACAUUUGAUAUGUUACAGGAGCAUGUCCUAAUUUGCCUACAGAUUGAUCAAGUUUGAAAUAUGUAAGUAUAUAUCAAGAGCAACUUUUGUAAGUGAAUGAUAUCAUCUGAAAUUUUGUUUUUUAUUUUCCUGCAUGAAUGUCCAAAGUUUCUUUA